AUGGCCGAACCUACAACGCCUGUCAAAAUGCCACAGCCGGCGGGAUGCCCGCUGGUUCCCAUCUCUCCAGAGCGUAUCAACCAGCAAAGAUUCAGCCUCUCGCCAACCAAGUCCCUAGACGCGAUGCACUCCCCUAGCAGAUCGGGCCGUGGAGCAUCUGAUGUUCAAGCCAAAGUCGCGUUUCUCAACCGACUGUCCAGCGCGACCACCCCCGAGCGACCCGCUUCUCACGUUUCAACGACCACCGCCGCACUACAGAGGGCGAUCUUGGGUCGUGAGGAAGCCGAAUCUGCCUUACAGAGCACCCUCGCGCAGCUUUCCCAAGCCAACGCGCGGGAACGCAGAGUUAGUGAGCGAUUGGAGGCGUUGGUCGAGGAGCUUCAUGCCCUCAAGGAGAGACAAGUACAUGAACGCACCGUUUUCGAGAAGGAGGUCAGAAAGGCGAGGAAAGAAGCAUUUCGUGCUGGAUCGGUGCUGGUCAAGGUGCAGGAGGAACUCAAAUAUUCAAGAGGACAGAUGAAAGCCCUGAAAGACGAAGUCAAGGCGGAGAAAGAGGCAAAAGAGAAGGCAAAGCAAGAGGCGUUUGAACGUGCCUAUGCGCUCGCAGGCUUAACUGAGGAAAUGGAGGCAUUGAAGGACAAACUUCGCUCUUCGGAAGCUGAAACCCAUCUUGGAGAAUUCGAACAACCGCAGACAGAGGACGCUCAGGCGGAGACUCCCGCCAACCGUUUAGCUGCACCGGAGCCUGCUGUCAUGUCUGUCUCACCAGAAUCGAGAGGACUGAAACGAGGACAACCAGACUCGGUAGAUCACCGGUCUCCCUGCCGCAAGAGAAGCCUGAAUAGCCGGGAUCGCCUCAGCGCCAAUCUCGGUUCUCCUGUCAAGUUCUCGCUUGACUCAUCGACCCAAACUGGCGAAGCAAUUCUUGAAGAAGCGGAUACCACCGAGAGUACGGGCCUCGUUGAGCGACUAAAUGACGACCUUCGAUGGGAAAAGCGGAUGCGGCAGAGGGCAGAAGACAUGAUACAUUUUCUAAAGAUGGAAUGUCAGUUCAGGCGCUGUUCAUGUAGGCUGGCUGACAACCGAGGAACCCGAUAUAUCCACGAUGCUUCAUGGGAACAGUUCUGCGAGACAGCGAAGCAAAGCACUAAUCGUCAAAACGAUGUUAUGGAACCUACAAGAAGCCCACCGCUACAAGACCAGAGGCAGCCGUCGCCAAACCCAACACCACCACUGGAUGCACACAAUGAGCCCGAAGAUGAUCCGGAUGAGCCCUUGGUUACUUUCUGCCCUGAUACUGGGACAUUUCAAGUCAUACCCUCUCCCAACAAAGCUACUCUUGACGACCAUCAUGUCACUGAAAACGAUGCAAGCCAGUCUACCCUUAGAUGCACCUCCCCUACACUAGGACGGUCGCGAAAUCACCCUAAUGCGAUGCGACAAGAGGAUCACUUCACUCAGCUUCCCGAAAACGCUUCACAAAUGUUCGAGAGGGAGUCGCCCCUGAACUUUGAGCGAAAUCAAUCAUCGUCUCACUUUGCCCAGUCCGCAACCGUUCCCCAAAAUCACACCAGCGCGCACAACUUGAGCCACGAGACUUGUCGCGUAACCCAGCCAUCCCACUCUGCGGAAAUUCACACCGUGACAAAAACUACCACCGUUCCCCUCCACCUAGAAUCCCAAAACCCUCGCCACGAGCCAGCCUUUUGUCCUAUCCCAGCCACUCCAAUAAACCGCGAAGAAGCGCUCGCGCAAAUCCGGGCCCGGCGCGGCCGCACCCAAUGCGCCCUGAAACGAUCUGCCAGCGCAAAUGAUGCCAAUACGAAAUCGGGUGCCGUUACGCCGGUCAACGGAACUAGAAGGAUUCCAGCAAUGGCGAAUUCUGAGCGAAAUCCCGGGAGUAACUCGAUGGGGUUGGGUGCGGGCAUAAGAGUGAGAAGGGAUAUCAGCGCGCCAAUUGACAGCGCUAGGAGGAGUUUUCGGUGA